GUGCCAGUGAGGUCGGGGUUUGCGUUACUUGAAUUACGGCGUACUGCAAAUUAGCGGUGUAACAAUGUUAUUCCUCAGUAAUCGUGUUAAGGUUUGUUCUUUGGCGUUUACCGCCGCUCGAAUGUUUGUCACUGGACCUCAAGCCAACAACAACCCCGUCGUAUAUUUUGACAUUGCUGCAGACAACCAGCCGUUAGGAAGAGUAACCUUCGAGCUCAACGCCGACGUGGUUCCAAAAACAGCAGAAAACUUCAGGGCCCUGUGCACUGGAGAGCAUGGCUUCGGCUACAAAGGAUCUACCUUCCACCGGGUGAUCCCACAGUUCAUGUGCCAGGGUGGAGACUUCACCAACCACAAUGGCACUGGGGGAAAAUCGAUUUAUGGACCCAGGUUCCCUGAUGAGAACUUCAAACUGAAGCACACAGGACCUGGAAUCCUGUCAAUGGCCAAUGCUGGGCCCAACACCAACGGUUCCCAGUUCUUCAUCUGCACUGUUAAAACAGAGUGGCUGGAUGGUAGACAUGUGGUGUUCGGCAGUGUGAAGGAAGGGAUGGACGUGAUAAAGAAAGUGGAAGCACUGGGGUCACGCUCAGGACGUACGGCUAAGAGAAUCACUGUCACGGACUGUGGCGAACUGAAAUAGUGCACACGUCCACAGCAGCAGCAGUUCUCUCUCUCUCACAUACACACACACUCCCUGACAGUGUCUGAGUUCAGGCUUGAGUGGAUGGAACCUCCUAUUUACAUUUCAUAGACUGAGAGAAAAGCUUUUCUUUGUUGUGUUAUUGCGUGGCACUUUGCUGUUCUGGAAAAUCCGGCAAGGUUUGGAAACAUUUGUGGUGAUGAUGGACAUGGACGUGGUGAGCCAGUGUGUAUCGUAGCAAUACGUCCAGCUGUUGACAUGUCUUUUUAAAAUGCUUACCUCAUGAGAAAAUGUGUUUUGAUUAUGAGAUUACUGUGAAAAACUCAUGGGCAGAGGGUGGGUGUCUCUGUGAAUUUCAACGUUGUCUCAGGGUUUAUCCUGACAAGACUACUGUAGGAUGGACCACAGCCAUAUCUCCAAUAAAAACAUUUACAUGAA